AUGUCUUCGUACAGAUCAGUUGUGUACUUUACGAACUGGGGCAUCUACGGCAGGAACUACCAACCCCAAGACCUCCCAGCCUCAAAGCUCACACACGUCCUCUACUCUUUCGCAAACGUCCGUCCAGAUACAGGAGAGGUUUAUCUCACCGAUACCUACGCCGACUUAGAAAAGCACUAUCCUACCGACAGCUGGAAUGAUGUCGGGACAAACGUCUACGGAUGCGUGAAGCAGCUAUACCUCCUCAAGAAGAAGAACAGACAAAUGAAGACCCUCUUGAGUAUCGGUGGAUGGACGUAUAGUUCCAAUUUCGCGAACCCUGCAUCAACUCCCCAAGGCCGAACAACAUUCGCCAACAGCGCCAUCCAAAUCCUCAAAGACUGCGGCUUCGACGGCAUCGACAUCGACUGGGAAUACCCCUCCGACUCACUCCAAGCCACAAACCUCGUCCACCUCCUCUCCACAAUCCGCACCGCCCUAACAACCUACUCCAACUCCCUCCCCAGCACCCCAACCUUCCUCCUAACAACCGCCUGCCCCGCCGGCCCGCAAAACUACACCCUUCUCGACAUCCCCUCCAUGACCUCCCUCCUAGAUUUCUGGAACCUAAUGGCCUACGACUACUCCGGAUCCUGGGACACCGUGACCGGCCACCAAGCAAAUUUAUAUUUUUCCCCUUCCAACCCAGCCUCCACACCGUUCAACACCGAAAAAGCCGUAAAGUAUUAUCUUGAGCGAGGCGUCCAGCCGAGAAACUUGGUUCUGGGAAUGCCGUUGUAUGGACGGGAUUUUUUGGAUACGGAGGGGUUGGGGAGGCCUUUUCAUGGGGUUGGGGAGGGGAGUUGGGAGAGGGGGGUUUGGGAUUAUAAGGUUUUGCCUGCCGGGGGGGUGGAGGUUGAUGGGGAGAGUCGGGCGAGUUAUUUUUAUGAUGGGCUGACGAGGAGGUUGGUGAGUUAUGAUAGUGUUGAGGCGGCGGGGUGGAAGGGGGAGUUUAUUCGGGAUCAAGGGUUGGGGGGUGCUAUGUGGUGGGAAGCUAGUGGUGAUAGACCGAUUGACGAUGCUGGGAGUUUGAUUGGGACUGUGACGAGGGGGUUGGGAGAGUUGGAGGGUACGUUGAAUUGUUUGGAGUAUCCGGAUAGUAAGUAUGAUAAUUUGAGGGGUGGGAUGAGUGGUGAGAGGGCGAAGUUGUGA